AUGUCGAAUUUGGUUCACCCUUGUAUAUUGCAAUCACUGCCACUCCUGUUCUUUGUACCUUUACUGUUGUUGUGUGCUUCAUGCCAAUCUGGCUCUGUUGAUCUUAACCCAGAAGACAAAGCCUCACUUUUACUGUUCCGGUCGUGGCUUCAGGACCCAAGCCAUGGCUUGUCAACAUGGUUUGGGUCUAACUGCACAAACUGGACAGGUCUAGUCUGUCAAAAUCACACUGGGCAGGUCAUUUCAAUCAACUUGAGAAACAUGAAUCUGUCAGGCCAUGUUCACCCCAAUUUGUGCAAUCUUUUGUUUCUUGAAACCCUGAUUUUGUCUGAAAAUAGUUUUACUGGCCAAAUCCCAUUGUGCUUUGGUAGAUUGCAAAAUCUCAAAACCCUUGAUCUUAGUCACAAUAGAUUUGGUGGUGUUGUGCCUGACUCACUUAUGAGGCUUAGGCAAUUAAAGGAACUUACUUUAAAUGGGAACCAUGGUUUGGGAGGUGUUGUUCCUUGGUGGGUUGGUAAUUUCUCAACCAAUUUGGUAAAACUUGACUUGGGUUUCAAUUCUUUUCAUGGGAAAAUACCUGAAAGCUUAUUUUACUCUAAGUCAUUGAAAUAUUUGGAUCUUGGAAACAAUUACUUGACGGGUGAUCUUCAUGACUUUUUCCAGUCUUUGGUUUUUCUCAAUCUCAGCUCUAAUUCGUUUUCAGGUACUUUGCCUUGUUUUUCUGCUUCCGUUCAAUCUCUCAAUGUUUUGAAUUUAGCUGUUAAUUCUAUUGUGGGUGGUAUUCCUACAUGCAUUGCUUCCCUUGAAGAAUUAACACAUUUAAAUUUAUCAUUUAAUCACUUGAAUUAUGCAAUAUCUCCUAGACUUGUUUUCUCUGAGAAGCUUCUUGCAUUGGAUUUGAGUUUCAAUGAUCUAUCUGGUCCACUUCCAACGAAGAUUGCAGAGACAACAGAGAAAGCAGGGCUUGUUUUUCUUGACUUGUCCCACAAUUGUUUCUCUGGUGGUAUCCCGUUGAAGAUCACUGAGCUGAAAAGUCUACAGGCAUUGUUUCUUUCUCACAAUCUUCUUACUGGUGAAAUCCCAGCAAGGAUCGGAAAUUUGACGUAUCUCCAAGUGAUAGAUAUUUCACACAACUUAUUGUCGGGUUCCAUUCCUUUAAAUAUUGUUGGGUGUUUUCAGCUACUUGCACUAGUAAUCAAUAGCAACAAUCUCUCUGGUCAAAUUCAACCAGAACUUGAUGCGUUGGAUAGCCUGAAAGUAUUGGAUAUAAGCAACAAUGGGAUUUCUGGUGAGAUUCCACUAACAUUGGCUGGCUGCAAAUCGCUUGAGAUAGUAGAUUUCAGCUCCAACAAUCUCUCUGGAAAUUUGAAUGAUGCAAUAACUAAAUGGUCGAACCUCAAGUAUCUCUCCUUGGCUCGAAACAAAUUCAGUGGAAGUCUACCCAGUUGGCUGUUCGCAUUUGAAGAGAUCCAAAUGAUGGAUUUUUCAGGCAAUAAAUUCUCUGGCUUAGUACCAGAUGGCAACUUCAACAUUAGCUUUGAGUUCAGUAAUGGAGAUGCCAGACAAUUGGCAGCAGAGCCCUUUCUUGUGAUUCGAAAUGUUGAGAUCAAAAUAUCUGUGUUGGUUGUUGACAACAGUGAAUUGAGCUUCAGUUACCAUCUGUCUUCUACAGCUGGAAUUGACCUAUCUGAUAAUUUGUUACAUGGGGAGAUUCCGCAUGGCUUAUUUGGUCUACAAGGUUUGGAGUAUUUGAACUUAUCAUACAAUUUUCUUGAAGGUCAGGUUCCCAGUUUAGAGAAGAUGCAGUGUUUAAGGGCCUUGGAUUUGUCACAUAACACUUUAUCGGGUCAAAUCCCAGGAAAUAUUUCCAGGCUUAAAGAUCUCAUACUCUUGAACUUCUCAUAUAACAGUUUCUCUGGAUUUGUUCCUCAGAAAGAGGGAUAUCGAAGGUUUCCUGGAGCAUUUGCUGGAAAUCCAGAUUUGUGUGUGGAGUCCACUAGAGUCAAGUGUGACUCAGCUAACCUGCCAGCAGUGCAAGGGAAGUCAUUUGAAGAAACUGAUGGUCCAAUUUCUGUUUGGAUCUUUUGUGUCAGUGCUUUUGUUAGCUUCUAUUUCGGUAUUGUCACUCUAUUUUGUUCCACUCGAGCAAGAAGUUAUCUUCUUCAGACAAAAGUUUAA